GAAUUACAUCCUGCCUACUACAGAGCCUACACCUGCACUGCCAAUCUAGGUUUCUACACCUAAACCCUCCACUCUUCAGUGGGUAGAAGAGGGGCUACAGCACUGGAAACACUGGGUUAUAGAGGCUUUAGCAGCCCCUCGAAGGAGAGCUACCAGAAUUGGCUUGCCAGCACAGAAGACGUAGUAGUGGCAGGUCAGCUCCAAGAGCUAGACCUACGGGCUGUUCGGAGGCAGGUGGAGGACUCGAAGAAGCGGGCAAGCCGGAGCCGGGACCGACUUCAGGUUGGAGGUGAGUUUACAGCUACCCACGCUUACGAGCUUCAGGCCCGGAAGCUCCGAGCCAAAGAAGCUCGGGUAGCCCGCCAGGCUGCAAACCGGGCCCAGAGGCAGCUCCGUAGAGCUGGAGUUGAGGCCCGGAAGGAAGAGCGCCUCCGGAAGAAGGCACUGGCCCAGCUCCGCAAAGCUGGCCUCCCAAUUCCUCUGGAGUUUGAGCUGCGAAUUUUAGGGCAGAAGGGGUGAAGAAUAUCGUUCUUUCAGCAAGGAGGCGUUCUUGCCAGAUCCAUGCCCUGAAGCCCCCGAAAGCGAGCGUGGGAGUGAGGGUGGGGGUGAGGUGAUAAUUUCGGAUAAUGGCAUAUUUAUGUACCUUUAUAUACAAAUUACUAUGUGAAGGUACUUACCACAAGCUAGGCACGUGAUGAGAUGUUGGUGUUCAGGGCUGCGUAAAGCAGCAACUAACACCAGCCGAAAACGGCCGCUCCAACACCACAACCUUAUAUAAACUUAUAAUCUAGAUUGUGGUGUUUGACCCGCCUAAGCUUAGUGCCUACCUAAUUAGGCAACGCUCGUGCACAGGCAUUCCGCCGCUUUCUGACCUCCACAACUUGUGUCUCCUCGGUCCAACGUGACCCCGCCCAAGAGAAUCGCCAAGGAAUAUCACACCCCGCUCCGUCUAGUUGUAGCGCAAAGCACUACAUGAAAACAUGAACGCUUUGUAGAACCACGACAACAAUAUCAUCCUACUUAAUCCUGAGGUCUGUAUCGCAAAAGUGUUGUGUCCUAACUUUACUUUGUUGCAUUAGAGUAGCCUUUGUUUUACAAUGGCCUCUGGGUUAGUAGAUCUGGCCACGUUCGCCCUCCAGGCAAGCGUCGCGCUCUACAAGACAGUUGACAGCUUUAAUUCUCACCAAGAGCGCGUACGGGAUUUCGCAAGAGAGACCAGCGCAUUAAGUGGAGUGCUAGGCUCACUUACGGAGACGAUAAGCUCUACUGACCUAGAUCUUACUGCUCUCGAGGUUCCUCUUCGGCGAUGCGGCAAGGCCUGCGAAGAGUUCGAGCAAGAAAUACACAAAUGUUCUCAGCGGUCGAGCGGCAGCCGUACGAGCUUCCGAGAUUGGGCUAGGUUGAGGUAUAUGGGGGACGACAUUGACAGCUUUAGACGAGUUCUAUCCGGCUACAAGAUGACUAUAACUAUUGCUCUCUCUGAUGCAAAUCUUCGACUGUCUGCCCUUACAGCUGAAAGCGUUGAGAGCUAUAACGAUCUCCUUGAUACCGCUAGAGCUGGCCUUGAGGAUCACCUUGAGAGAAUGGACGAGAAGCUUGAGCGUAUACUUAGUCAAAAUGUAGCUGGAUCAGAACUAAACGCAUCUGAAGUGAAGCGGAUAAAGGACGAGCGCCUAAGUACACAAAAAUGUCUACAGAUCUGUUCCCAGCUCUCUGAACACAUUGACCAAAUUCAUCGCACAACUCUACAUAAUGCUGGCGCUAAUGCGGCUGACGGCCCGAGCUCUAUACCUGAGAAAAUCACCAACGAUGGCCUAAAGGAGUGCAAGGGCAGUCUUGCUCGAAUGGCCCAACAGUUGGCCAGCCACGAGAAGCAGCUCUUUGAUAGGCUAAUGAACAAGCUGGAGCCUGCCACCUUCUCUCAAGAGAAUGCAGCCGACAUUACUAGGUUGCGGGAAGAGUGGCAGUCAACGCGGAAGUCUAUGGAUAUACUAUCCACGGCAGGCAACCAUUUAGAGCAAAAUAUAAGUAUCAUUGAGAAUCAUGCAACGGGCGAUGCGGUGCAAGUCAUGGUUUCAGCUAAUGGAAAGACUCUUCAUGGUACAAAUCGGGCGGUUGGGUGGAGGUCGAGGCAAAUAGGUGGCUAUCUUGACAACGAGACUGUCCGACAGAUAUCGCGAGAUAUGGUUACCAUCACCAUCAAUACCACUAAUGAAAGGGAGCCGCGAUUAGGAGGCGAGACUGCAACUGCCUCAGACGAUAUGGAGAGAGAAGGGCGAGAUUCGCAAUUUAUGGAGCGGUACGGAGAAGGGUUUAAACUGCCGUCUAAGCAUACGACUAAUGUGUCUGCAUCAGCUAGAAAGGCUAACAAAAGCUGACUCGAGGAGGCUGGCGGAUGCAUAAGGGAGCAUAGGACACAUACGUUAAAUGGGUUUGCUACUUGUUAGGAGUUUUAAUUUUCACAAGAAGCGGCAAUGUGAGAGACAUAGUAGAUGUUCGACAGACAAUGCAAGCUAAAAACAGCAACUCUAACACCAC